AUGAGUGUACCAUAUAUAUCUACAGCAACAGUUGGAUCGGCGCAUGAAUCUGAUAUUUUGGGAGUAUGUGUGACGCCAAAGUUCACAAUUACAUGCUCGUCAGAUGGGUACUUGAAAUUGUGGAAUAACAACAACAGUGAUCGGACCUUGCACAGUAAAAUGCUGGUUGAUAAGGUUGGGUUACAUCAUGUUGAAGCGUUGGUUGAAGUUAUAGAUAUGAAGAAGGUGCUCUUGAUUGCGACCGUUUCCUUUUCCAGGAAAAUAUACAUAUAUAGGUUUGAUUACGAGAGUGAUGAGUUGAAAAGGGUUAGAUUCGAUCCAGCAGAGAGUGGGCUAACCAAAAAGACAGCAUUUUGGAGUCCGGUUUUCGAUACCACUGCUGGAUUGAUAAUAUUUGCAUGCACUACUGUUUCAGGUAAGGCGAUAAUAUUUGACUUGACAGUUGAGGACGACGAAAUCAACUUUGUACUUCGGGGAGAAUUGUUUGCCAAUGACACGAGCUUUGCUACGUGCAUCUGUUCAGACAUAAAUCAUAACAGGCUUGUUGUUGGGCAUCAAAACGGGAAUGCCUAUAUGUAUGAUUUCAGGCAGCUAAUUUUAACAUACACUUUUGAAUCCUUUGGACUAAAGAAUUCAAAGUCCUUGAACAUUGUUAGAGAUGUCAAAUUUUCUCCGCAAAAUGGAGAGUGGUUGGCAAUUGCACACGAUUCCGGGCCACAUGGUACCAUAUCGUUGUACGAUGUGAAAUACGGAGAGUAUCUGGGGUCAUUUACAGUUGCCACGCAUUCCACCAAUGUUGGAAUUGGGAACUUUGCGCAUUCCAAGUGGUGUUUUUCGAUAUCUUUCAACAACCAGGGAGACAAGUUGGUGUCGUGUGGAUUGGAUAACACCAUUAGGGUGUGGGAUGUUGACAGUAGGACAUGUCUAAAAACCCUGCGGUUAAACACCACAGACUUGGAUGACGAGGAAGUCAGCAAAUUGAACGAUCUUGAUAGCAGUGCCUGCACAAGCGUCAGGUUUGUUCCGCAUGGGAUUUUCCCAGAAGACGGACAAAACGACGGACUAGUGGCCGUUGGGUUCGACCGGUCAAUCAGAUGGUUCAGAGAAGCCGGCGGAAUUUAA